AUGCGGCUCAUUGUGCUUUUGUCUCGUGCAGGGUCCAUUCCCGAGGCGCUUGGAGCUCUCAGCGAGCUGAAGAAGCUUGCCAUGCACGACAACAAGCUCACUGGGUCCAUCCCGAGAGAGCUUGGAGGUCUCGGCAAGUUGAAAGCUCUCCGGCUCAACGGCAACGAACUUACCGGUAAGGGAGAGUGAAACUCCGUACGAUGUGAGAGCAAUUCCGCGUAGGACCCCCCAGGUGAUGGUUUGCCGUAGACCCGCUCAAACUUCAUGAUGUCGUGUGAUAGCAAUCGUUUGGAUUUGGCGGUCGUGCUUUACUGGAACCCCUCCGUCCCGAAGGACCUCGGCCGUGUAUGCCGCUGUUGUAUUCGACGACACGCUGCCUGCCUAUGCAAGUCCCUCACUUUGAAUGAUGCAUGUGGCGGCGCCUCGGUUGUACUGUAGCAGGGCUCCUCCCCAAGGUGCCGGG